AUGAGGACUUGUCAGCUUUACGCCUGUGCUGCAUUCCGUGGACUUGUGCGGAGUGCUGCGGCUACACCAGCACGCACGAUCUCGCAGAGCACGCCUUUGUCGUCGAGCGCGCAUGACGUCGAUGGAAGCAGCAGCAGCGGUGGUGCCGUUAGUACCGCCCCAGAAAGGACGUCUUGGUCGCACGUGUCGCCACGCUUCUCCUCCUUUCCUGUGAGCGGCGACUGCGCCGCCAUUCUGAAGUAUCCAUACAAGGUAAUCAGCACUGAGCAGGAACUGAAAGAAGCCGUUGGGGUGUUGCAGCGCAGUCGGCAAAUCGCCAUCGAUGUCGAGGCUUUCUGCACCCCAGAGGCAAUCAAGACGCCUCAGCUCGGUCGUGUCUCACUUGUGCAGACCUGCAGUGACGUGGUACCCGUUGUGUUCUUGUUUGACGUUCUCUCUUUGUCAGUGCCGGUCUUCAUGCAGGCUAUCCGGCCCCUGUUCCACGACGAGACGAUUCGAAAGCUCUUCUUCGACUGCCGACGCGACAUCGAAGCACUGAGCACGCAGAUGGACUUGACGCCGAGGCGUGUGCUGGAUUUGCAGCUCCUUUUUACCUCCGUGCAGUGGAAGCUGCGCAGCGUGAACCGGCGGUCUGGCAUGACGUACGUGCUUAAGAGUGUCGCCGGUAUCCACCGGCAGGAGGGCGACUCCGCCGUGCAGACAGCCAUGAUGGUUGGCGACCGCCCCGUUUGGGAUACGCGACCGCUGCCGGAGCACUUCCUCGAGUACGCCGCCGACGAUGUUCGGCACAUUCACCUCCUCUCCACGUACUUUCCGUCUCUGACGCAGCAGGUGUCGGAGGCAGCGGUGGAGCGGCUGACGGCUCAGUACGUCCAGCACUACGGCGUCGGACAUGCGGUGACAGAAGAGGCCGACGCCCAGCCGGCUCAGGUGAACACGGCCUGGCUGGAGAGGUACAUUGGGCCCGGCGGGGUCUGCAGCUUCUGUGGUAGCAAGGGGCACACGGAGACGGAGUGUUUCCGCAAGCUCAACGGCAACAUGCGCUGCUCCUUCUGCGGCGUCACGGGCCACACGGCGCGUAAUUGCUUCCAGAAGCACCCCGAGCUGCUCAAGUGCGACCGCUGCGGCCAGCUAGGACACAGUACCGCGAACUGCUUCCGUGCGAACCCGUGCAAGCACUGCGGCGGCAACCACCGAAGUGAGAACUGCCACUACCGCGCGCAUAUUGCGAAUGCCUGA